CCUCCUCCUUCAUUGUUCGCCGCCGAUCCCUCCGCGCUGCCUGGCUCCUCUUCCCCCCGAAAGCCGGGAGUUCGGAUUUCCAGAGCCCGGGACCACCACGCAAGUAGAGUAGGGCACGAGGAACAAAGCAGCCCACCCAGACAGAUGGAACCGAGAAAGAAACCUAAAAUAAAUCCAUCAGAAUGACACCUUCUCAGGUUACCUUUGAAAUAAGAGGGACUCUCUUACCAGGAGAGGUUUUUGCGAUUUGUGGAAACUGUGAUGCCUUGGGAAACUGGAAUCCUCAAAAUGCUGUGACUCUUCAACCAGAGAAUGAGACAGGUGAAAGCAUGUUAUGGAAAGCAGCAGUUAUUCUCAGUAGAGGAGUAUCAGUUCAGUAUCGCUACUUCAGAGGGUGCUUUUUAGAACCAAAGACUAUCGGUGGUCCAUGUCAAGUCAUAGUUCACAAGUGGGAGACUCAUCUACAACCACGAUCAAUAACCCCUUUAGAAAGUGAAAUUAUUAUUGAUGAUGGACAAUUUGGAAUCCACAAUGGUAUUGAAACUCUGGAUUCUGGAUGGCUAACAUGUCAGACUGAAAUAAGAUUACGCUUGCAUUAUUCUGAAAAACCUCCAGUCUCAAUUACCAAGAAAAAAUUUAAGAAAUCUAGAUUUAGGGUAAAGCUUACACUAGAGGGUCUGGAGGAAGAUGACGAUGAUAGGGUGUCUCCCACUGUUCUUCAUAAAAUGUCCAAUAGCCUGGAGAUAUCCUUAAUAAGUGACAAUGAGUUCAAAUGCAGGCAUUCACAGCCAGAAUGUGGGUAUGGCUUACAGCCUGACCGUUGGACGGAAUACAGCAUACAGACAAUGGAACCAGAUAACCUGGAAUUAAUCUUUGACUUUUUUGAGGAAGAUCUUGGUGAGCAUGUAGUUCAGGGUGAUGCCCUUCCUGGACAUGUGGGUACAGCAUGCCUAUUGUCAUCUACCAUUGCUGAGAGUGGGAAGAGCGCGGGCAUCCUCACUCUUCCCAUCAUGAGCAGAAUUUCCAGGAAAACCAUAGGCAAAGUAAGAGUUGACUUUAUCAUCAUUAAGCCAUUACCAGGAUAUAGCUGUUCUAUGAAGUCUUCGUUUUCCAAGUACUGGAAGCCAAGGACACCAUUGGAUGUUGGACAUCGAGGUGCAGGGAACUCAACAACAACUGCCCAGCUGGCUAAAGUACAAGAAAAUACCAUUGCUUCUUUAAGAAAUGCUGCUAGUCAUGGUGCAGCAUUUGUAGAAUUUGAUGUUCAUCUAUCAAAGGACUUUGUACCUGUGGUAUAUCAUGACCUUACCUGUUGUUUGACAAUGAAAAAGAAAUUUGAUGCUGAUCCAGUUGAAUUAUUUGAAAUCCCAGUAAAAGAAUUGACAUUUGACCAGCUCCAGUUGUUAAAGCUUACUCAUGUGACUGCACUAAAAUCUAAAGAUCGGAAAGAAUCUCUGAUUGAAGAGGAAAAUUCUUUGUCUGAAAACCAGCCAUUUCCUUCUCUGAAAAUGGUUUUAGAGUCAUUACCAGAAGAUGUAGGGUUUAACAUCGAAAUAAAAUGGAUAUGCCAACAAAGGGAUGGAGUGUGGGAUGGGAACUUAUCAACAUAUUUUGACAUGAAUCUGUUUUUGGAUAUAAUUUUAAAAACUGUCUUAGAAAAUUCUGGGAACAGGAGAAUAGUGUUUUCUUCAUUUGAUGCAGAUAUUUGUACCAUGGUUCGGCAAAAGCAGAACAAAUAUCCCAUAUUAUUUCUGACCCAAGGAAAAUCUGACAUUUACCCUGAACUGAUGGACCUCAGAUCUCGAACAACCCCAAUUGCAAUGAGUUUCGCCCAGUUUGAAAAUCUCUUGGGGAUAAAUGCACACACUGAAGACCUGCUCAGAAACCCAUCCUAUAUCCAAGAGGCAAAAGCUAAGGGACUGGUCAUAUUCUGCUGGGGCGAUGAUACCAAUGACCCUGAAAACAGAAGGAAGUUGAAGGAAUUCGGAGUUAAUGGUCUAAUUUAUGAUAGGAUAUAUGAUUGGAUGCCUGAACAGCCAAAUAUAUUCCAAGUGGAGCAGUUGGAGCGCCUGAAGCAAGAAUUACCAGAACUUAAGAGUUGCUUAUGUCCCACUGUUAGCCACUUUACCCCCCCUUCUUUGUGUGGGGAGCCCGAUAUCCACGUGGAUGCCAACGGCAUUGAUCACGUGGAGCAUGCUUAGUUAGUGCAGACUGCUGGGGUCACAACGCUGUCCUGAUACUCAGUUUCCACCACUGAGCCUUGUUGAGCUCUGCUUUUCGGGUUUCUCAGUCCAAUGAAGCAAUAAUGAAGUAUUUCAGUCUUUCACUACAGUUCUUGCGAGAAUUUCAAGUAUGCUAUUUACCACUUGGCCAGGUAUAAUUGCCAGUCAUUCUCCACAGUGAGAAAAUGUAUUAGGAAAUAUUUUCAACUAAAAAUGUUAAGUUUAUAAUGUUAAGUAAAUCUUCACUAAAAGCUUAGUGCUUUAAAAUUAAUUAUUAAAAAAUCUCUUAUUUAUAGUUAUUCCAGCUUUUCAUUAGACUAGGUCAGCAAUCUUUAGUACUUGGGGAAAAUGACUGUGUAUAAUUUAUUAUACCUGACCAUGGAAAAAUUAAGUACCUCAGAUGCAUGCAUUUGCACUAGUGACUCCAGCUGCACAGAUCUUUGUGCCAUCCGUGUGUAUAUAGGUAUUUUUACGUGGACUGACAUGAAUUGCACCAUUGUCAUUCACUGUGACCUCAGACUGCUGCCAUCUUCCCACUUAACCAGCCAGCCUGGAGAUGAACCUUGAAGUUUGCUUCAUAAAUCUUUCAAAAAUUGGUAUGCAUAAAUGUUAAAAUUCCAGAAUGCCGCAGGGUAAUUUAAUGUAAAAAUGUUAGUGAGAAGUAUGUUUGCACACAUAGUAGAGUAGAUCACAAUGUGUAAAGUUGAUGCAAUGCUUGCUUUAGGUCUGUACGUGUUUACUGUUAAGUCAAGUCCUUGCAUCUGUGGUGCUAGGUGAGUGUGAGAAGAUCCAAGGACAGGAACUGUCUUGUUGCCUAAAACAAAAAGGUCUGUUUGCAGGCAAUCUAAUCUGUUCAUUUAGUGUCUUUCACUACCUAUUACACACUAUUACUUUGAGAACUUUUCUCUGUGUGUUUUGGUGUGUAUGAUAUGGUAGUUAAAUCUCCAUGCAGAAAAAUAAAUGUCCUGAAUUCUAAAAUUGGAAUUCUUUAUUGGUUAAUUUAUAUCAUGUAUGUAAUUUAUUCGGAAUGUAGAUAUUACCAUAUGUAUAUGCAUGCUUUUGGGAUUCUGCUAAAAUUCAUUAGAAGCAGAUUGUAUUUACAUAACUGUAACUUAAGAAUGAAUGUUAAAUAAAAUGACAGAUUUAUUU